CAGUUUGUAUUUUUAUUGAUUUCGAAAAUAAUAACUACAUCGGAUAAAAUAUAAUUCACAGAUAAUUUUUUAAUCUUAGUGUAUGCUACUAAUUUACCUGUUAACAUCGCAUAAACGAUGCAUCACGACGCCUCAAUUGAUAUUGAUCGAUUUAUAUCAGAGGUUCAAUUUCGUCCUGCCGUUUGGGAUUUUAAUGCAAAUUUUACUAGAAGGGAAAGAAUUAAGGCAUGGGAAGAAAUAUGUGAAUGGUUUACAAAAGAUUACAAAAACCUAAGCAGUAAAGACAGGAACGCUAUUUGUCACAAAUUACAACGAAAGUGGAAGAGUCUACGUGAUUGUUUUAAUAGAGAAAUUGGAAAGCAAAAAAAUAGUGGAGAUCGAAAAAGAAAAAAGUACAUAUAUUUUAAGAAAUUGUCUUUUUUAAAAUGUCUCAGAGACGAUAUACCUAAUGUACCUACUUCAGAUGAUGAGACCUCUGAAAAUGAUUCUGGAGUAGAGCAACAAGAUAAGAUUGAAGAAAAAAUUUCGUCAUUGGAAGGUCCAAAAAAAAGGAAAAGAGAUGAUAAAGCUAGACAAAGUAUUGACAAAUCAGAAAUGCAAUUAUUCAUAGAACCAGAAAUAGAUUUGUCGUACAGUAAAUGCAAAUGUGUGAAAUAUGAGGAUCCUGAUAGGGACUUCUUGAUGUCAAUCUUGCCUGAUGUUAAGAAAAUUCAUGAUGAUUUAAAAAUUGAUUUUAAAAGUCAAGUAUUACAGAUAAUUAAGAAUUACAGAAAUGUCGAAAAUUUUAAAAGUUAAUCAUAUGUGCAGGCUUAUAUUUCAGUGAGGCUCUUACUUUUCCUUGAUAAGUAUUUAUAUUGAAAACUUUUUUUUACUGUGCUUACUACAAAGUACCUAUUAGUGGAGGUAGAUUAAGAGGAAGAUAAAAUUAGUUUAAUCUCAAUAUAGGAAUUGUUUUUAAUACAAGUAUA